GAGCGCCACGGUCGGAGCUCCCGUCUCUGUCAGAGGAACCUGUGUGGCUUCCUGCUGCGCGAAGAUCGGGAGUCUAUCAAUCCAUCCAGCCCCCCCCCCACUCUGGACUCGGCAAAUGAGUCUUCUCACCGAGAACUGAACGAGGAGGAGCUGGGAACAGUCUCCGAAACUAUCCUGGCAAACUGGACGCGCAUUUUGAUAUUCAAGCGAACGCACGCGGGCUGCGCUUCUCAGGGUCUUGCAUUUGAAGAUGGAAUAACGCGGAGAGGAACCACCGAGGACGUCGUUAUCCAGAAGACUCCAGUGGAUCUGAUGGACCGAUUCUCUGUAGGAUGGUAAAAGACCGAUGGGGAACCAUGAACAGCUCUUCUGAACUCGAAGAUGGGACUCGGCAUAAAACCCAGACGUUCUGUGAGUGUGUGCCCAGCUCCUCCCAGCUCAAACACCGCUGGUCAGACUCAGAAUCUGCCAGGGAGACGCCGGCCAAGAGGAUGAGCUGCAGCUACCUGCUCUGCACGAUCCUGCUGUUUGUGGCGGUCCUCCUCGCCGUCACCGUCACCGGCACCAUCCUGUUCAUGAAUCACUACCAGGCCCCGCCUCUGACCGAUGGCAUGCCCCACAUCUCUACCAAUCAGGACGAAGCCAACGCCCUGGUCACCGUGGAGAGAGGCGACGGCUCUCGCAUUAAUAUUUUCAUUGACCCCAACUGUCCCGACUACAACAGUAACUUUUUGCGCCUGGAGGGGGUUCAGACGUCGCUCCUGCACUCACUCACCGAUCACGACUCGGAUCUGAAGUCAGUGAAAGGUCAGGACCGGGCUCUUUUGGUCAGUCUGGCAGAGGAAGUGGCAAAGCUUUCCGCCCACGCGGGGCAGCUGAAGAUGGACUACGAGUCUUUACGCAGGGGUCAAGGAAGCCUGGGGCAGGACCUGAACACACUGCAGGCGGAGCAGGGACGCCUUAUACAGCUGCUGUCGGACAGUCAGAUCAACAUGGUGAAAGUUGUGAACUCUGUGAGCGACGCACUCAACGCCAUGCAGAAGGAGAACGUAGGCCUGAAGGCCCGUGUCAAGGCUGACCUGCAGAGGGCGCCGGUGAGAGGGGCUCGCUUCAAAGGCUGUGCCAACGGUUCGCGACCCCGUGACUGCGGCGAUCUGUAUGCCAGCGGUCAGAGAGAAGACGGCAUCUACUCCGUGUUUCCUGUUCACCAUCCCUCCGGCUUUCAGGUCUACUGCGACAUGACCACCGACGGAGGGGGCUGGACGGUGAUUCAGCGCAGAGAGGACGGCUCGGUCAACUUCUUCAGAGGCUGGGAGUCGUACCGCGAGGGAUUUGGGAAGAUAACCGGCGAACACUGGCUGGGGUUGAAGCAGAUCCAUGCCUUGUCGAUCCAGGGGAACUAUGAAAUGCGCAUCGACUUGGAGGACUUUGAAAACAAUACGGCGUAUGCCCAGUACGGAACCUUCGGUGUGGGUCUCUUCUCUGUAGACCCUGAUGAUGACGGAUAUCCUUUGACUGUGGGAGACUAUUCCGGCAACGCAGGCGACUCUUUGCUGAAGCACAACGGGAUGAAGUUCACCACCAAAGACCGGGACAACGACCACUCGGAGAACAACUGCGCCUCUUUCUACCACGGCGCCUGGUGGUACCGCAACUGCCACACCUCCAAUCUCAACGGCCAGUACCUGCGCGGUCAGCACACCUCCUACGCCGACGGCAUUGAGUGGUCCUCGUGGACUGGCUGGCAGUACUCGCUGAAAUUCUCCGAGAUGAAGAUACGGCCCACCCGCGACCUGGAAAACAAAUGAGGGAAAAACUAAUGAAAAGAAAACAAGAGACAAAGGCAAGGGACUCUUUUAAACAUUUCUGAUAGGUAGACAGAUUCUUGGUAUUGUUUGAUUCUGACCUCCAUGGGUUUUGCUGUGACUCUGCUGUUUGCCUCCUGGUGUCUCGAUGCGCUUUUUGGGUCCUUUUUUAGUCUGUGCCAUUCCUUUAGAAGUCCAACAUUUCAGAUAUGCUUUUGACAUUUCAGUGCAGGACAUCCGACCUCCCGCGCACGGCGUGGGAUUGCGUCAUAAAGUAGUCUUUCAAAAUGGAAAAGAAAAAGGAGAACCUCUUCACGAGAUUAUGAAUGAGCGAUAUAAAUCCACCCCAUCUCUCCCUCUUUGUAAGGGACUUCCCUUGCAAAUACAGAUGACCUUCGAUUCGAUGGACCGUGUCGCAUUUCCAUCCCGUGUGAAUAAGACCAGCCGGGGUCACGGCGAGCGCGGUCGCCCCCGUGAUAACCAGAUGAACGCAGAGACAAAGGGAAUUCUGAACGAUUUGACAAGAGCUGAAUUUGCUGAGGGUUAAGGGGCCAGAGUGGAUCAAAGAGUGGAGCAUUAUGAGGUGCUGAAAAAGAAAUGAGGAAAGGAGAGCAUCAAGGGGGAUCUCAUUCAUCGGACUUGGCCCAUUAGGGAGCAUAUUGGGUGCUUUGUCUGAUCUGCCUGCCAGCUGAGUUCAGGCCAAGUGAUGCAGCACUCACAGAUGGAACUCAGGACUGGAGGUUGGAGUGUGUGUUUACACCAGUGACAGCAAGAUCUCCGACACUAUCAAUUUCCCUGGGUCCAGCAGCGCGUCCGGACAGGCGGAGUAAAUAUGAUGCAUGGUUUGGCCAGUAGGGGUGUAGCCUCAGUUUUAAGGGUCAUGGUUUUGAAUGGCUAGGGCCGAAAAACGAGGGGUUUCACUCCCUUCACUUUAGGCUGCUGUUGAGACCAAUGGAGAAAAGUACGGUGUCAUUUGUUGACUGCAGUUUGUGCAAUCUCCCCACAAAUUGGCAAAACACAGGGCAAUUUUAAGGGCUGUAACCGAUCUUACCAUGUAUUCUUCGAUCCAAACUCAGAGCUUGUUUAGAAUGUAACCAAGCAGGUUUAUGCCCUAAAAAAAGAGAAUUAUUGUUGACAGUUAAUGCCAAUGGAAGUCAAAACAUCAAUUCGUAGGAUUAUACAUGAGGGUUUAAGUCACAACCAGCAAAUCACACAUGGAGAGCAUCACACUUGAGUAAACUUGUAGUAGCUUGAGUCCUACAUGGCAGGACAAAUCUAAAGUCAUCUUAGAUGGAUUGCGGCGAGCUGGACAGGAAAUGGUUGAGGAGGAUUGUCUUGCUUUUACGUAGCUCAAUGUAAUGAAGGGACGCUUGAAAGUCAGCAAGUCAUUCGUGAAGUAUCAUAUAGCACAGUACCAAGGAGUGAUUCAUAUUUUUUUAUUAAAUAAAUAAAUAAAUAUAUAUAUAAUGUACAUAGAAGAAUGAGUCAUGCCAUGUUCAGGGGAAAAGGUCGCCGCACAUUUGGGGAACCUUGUGGUUUCCAUCACUGAGGCUCGGAAGUGAAAACAUCGACAAAGUUCAAAAAUAAAAGCCCACACCUGGAAGUCGCCUGGAUGUUCAUGUCUGGAAGAACAUAACUUUAUUGUGAAGCCCAGUAGAGGACAGAGCAAGGGCAAAAGUAAAGAGUAAAGUAAAGCACUAUUCUUAACAGUCAGAAAAAUCGAUGCCUCCUGCUCUAGAAACUUUCACUGUCAGAAUAAUCAUCAAAAGAUAUGCAUCUUGGAAUCUCAAUGGGUACCUCUCUGACGUCUUAUCAUCUUAGCACCACCCGUACAGCUUUUAACUCAAAGAUAACUCAGAUUAUCUCACUAUGCCAAUGACAUUUUAUUGUACAAUUAAGUUGUCAGCUUAUGCUUGAUGUCGCUAAAUUGUGGCGUCACUCACAUUAGAUUUAGGGAACCCUGUUUUAGCUAAAAUAAAAAUGUCUUAAUCCUCUUCACUAGUCCGAAGAUGUGUGAACAGAUGGGACAAAUGAAGUUGCAGCACAAGUCGCUCAUGUAGAUACUCUCAAACAACUUUGUAAGCUUCAUGUUCUCUGCUCAGUAGCGUUGGUUUUUUUCACAUUGACUUCGUGUGUACAUGUUUCAAAUUCUUGUAUCAUAUGAAAAUAUAUUUUUGGAGUGUCAUUAGCAGGGUCGCCUUCAUCGGAUUAGCACACUGAAUCUAAUCACUUCUGAGUUGAGAGUGUAUGACUUUCUACUAUUGGUUGUCGGAGAGUACUGAGACACAAACCUAAGAAUGGAACUAGGAGCUUAGUAAAGGGUCCACUGGCCUUUCCAAUAAAAACACCAAGCACCGUAACUUACGCCGACGUCUGAAAAAUGAAGUCCAACCCAAUGUCUCUUUUUUUGGGGAGCCUGCUUUUCCAAACCAGUGACUUACUUUUUCGGAACCUGCUUUCCCACCUCUCCCAAAUUAGAGUCCACAGUUGGAGUGACAGCGCAGUUUGAGGGAUCAUGAACAAGCGAAAGAACCACCCGGCGAGGCGAUCAAACAAAAACCUUUACCUUCAUCUUUUUUUUUUUCACCUCCCUCCACUCACAAAAAAUGAUAAGCUUUAUUUUGGGACUAUUUCUUUCAUGAAAGACUGUAAAAUCAAAACCUUUUGUUCCUCUGAGCGGGAGUCCUAAAUGAGCGGUAUAUGGUAUGACAGAAAAAAAAAAAGUCAAAUUGAGAUUUUUAUAUUUUUAUUUCAGUCUGUGAGUCAAUUGUUUUCUUGUUUUCAUCGAGUUAUUUUGGAUGUACUAAAAGCUUUAAGUAUAUCUGUAGAUUCUAUUGUACAGUGAGUAUGACUUUUAGAGCAUGUAAAGCCGUUUUCUUACUAUGCUGAAACACAAAUGGAACUCAAGCACAUGAGCGGGAGAGGAAGGAUGACGCCGUUCUCGCUGGGAAGUUUGUAUGAGCACUUGGAAAAAAAAGCCAGUCGGCAGCACAAAUCGUUGGAGAAGGAUUUGCAUUGAAAGGCAUGCACAAGGAGGACAUGGUGAUGACAGACAGUUUUGAAUCGUUGCUGAACUGACAGUUAACGUUUUGCUGCACACCUCUGACACCGGAUCUAUUGUGGGACAUUCCUGCUAACGCCAGCACGAGGACCUGUGUGCUGCUGCCGCCGCCGCCGUGGAAUAAAGGAGAACUUUCCUUUCAAGCACAGACUGUACAAGUGUUAUUACAGCACAAACUGUUGCGGGAUUGGUGCAACGUUCCUAUCAUGAGAAUGAGAUGACAAGCGUGGGUCUCUGAUAUGUAGCUGUGAGUCAGCACAUGUGCAUAGACAUUCAGAGUGUGCUGAAGCUCGACUAAACUAGUGUGUCCACUACCUUUUCCAAGAGACUUCACCGAACCAAUUGACCCAUGUUCAAAUACUCUCCUACCUUAGACAGCUCAGAGACUUCACUGUACCCCAAGCAUUUUGAUAGCAGAAAGGACUCAAAGAGGUAAGGCUUCAACAUAGCCCUUCAAUUCCGUCAACAAGCUCAAGAGUCAGAUCUUUCAGAGCGCAACAGGAAGGGCGAUUUCCAUAACAAUAGUUGACAGUCAAACGUUUGACCUCUUUUGACUCCUGGUCUGCUGACAGAUGGAAUUUCUGCGACCAAUCUUAUUCCCGAGCGGAAUUCGCCUCAAACAAUUUGUGCAAAUCACGUCAUGAUUUUGGACCUGACAUGACAGAGAGCUGAUGCCACAGAAUGUAGCCCAUUUGUUUCUCCAAAAGACAAGAGGUUUUAGGGAAAUAUUUCCAAGUGUGUUUUCCAUUUCCACAAGAGAGAGGGCUUCAGCUUCUCUAGAGCUCUUCUUAGAAUGAAAGUCUUUUUUUCAUCCUACUUGUGAAACAAAUGAAAAUUCAAACCUGUCCAUCCAGAUUUGUGCAAACAACCGGGAGGGGAGAAAGGUGUAGGAGACCAAUGGAGAGGCGAGGGUUCGGUCUGCCGAUCACAGUUGAGGUUGUUCCAAAAAUGGAUUGAAAACCAGUUUCAUUUUAAAUCUAUGAAGACGAUUCAACUCACACCACUAUGACGGUGUAGUAUGAGGUUGCAUGUGAGAGGCCCUGGGAAGGUUCUCAGUGAUACAUGCUGUAAGACCCUUUAUCCAGGUCAACUUAGAGAACCCUCUUAAUUUUGGUAUCUUGUUCAAUGGAAAACUCCUUUGAGAAUGAGACCAAGAAAUAUGACCAUCAAGCUAGUCCAGCCACCUUGUCGACGACUUUUUCUCACCGACUUCAAGGACCUAUUUAACCAGUCUGAUGGAUCUGAUUUUUGAAUUAUAGAUGCUUCAGAAAGACUAGCUUCAUAUAAGGGAUGGACAUAUAGAUAAUUAAUAUUGAAGUAACCCUCAUAAGUAUCUCAUUUGUUCAUCAUUAAUUGAGCAAGGAGCACUGAGAUCAUUGGUUUGGUGAGAUGUUCGAGGAGAUGUCGAGGCUGUAACAGCACAAUUUAGGUUCCACUGCAGCAUACGUUUUAAACUGCGAUAAUCUCCUCUUGUGAUGAGGGAGUGAACACAAAAGUUGCUAUUUUGGUCGAGCGUUCACGCUGCGGUUCCUCGUGUGCAUGAGUGAGACGGAACAGGAGGCUCAGCGUGUCUCUCUGUGGACUUUUUUCCAGUAAUGUGAUGCUUAUGUACAACCUGCCUCCCCCUGCUGUUUGUGUUAAUAACAGAACGAUUUACAUAAUGCAGAAAAGAAAAGAAAAAAAAAAAGAAAACAGAAC